AUGGUCCUCAGUAUCCAGCAGAAAAAAGUGCGAAAAAUCCCCGGAGACCCAGUCCAGGGGGUUGCGGUGCAAAGCCCUGUGGAUGGUCUGGAUACUGGCACCCCACUCUAUAGUGUUGCGGUGCAAGGCACUAUGGUUGUACCAAACCUCCAACCACUUGUAGACCAAGUGGUUAGAGUGUUUAUUAACACCACCACUGGGGUUGCAAUCUACCGGACUUCGGUGCCGGUUCCAAGUCCAGCAAAUAAUCAUACCGGCUCGGUUGUCGCCCGGGACAAAAGGGGCCGCAUUGCAGCAUUGGGAACUAGAAGCUACAAUACAAAAUUUGUUAUUAAGUCUCAAAGAAGUAAAAUGAAGAUGAAGUUCAGUUGGAAUUUGGAAUCUGAGGUUGAGGUAUGCCAGAUUCAAAGGACAUUGAAAGCAUUAUCAAAGAAAGAUGUCAAAAUCAUUGUUGGGAACUGGAAUGUUAAAAUUGGAAGUGACAACAUUGGAUUUAAAAAAGUAAUGGAGAAAUACGGUGCAGGAAAUAGAAAUGAUAAAUGGGAAAGAUCUAAAUUUUCUGCAAUAAAAAAUGCUAACGCUGGAAGAACUCAGUACAAAUUAUCAGAGGAAAAAACUACGACAACGAAACCUCGAUUCGAAAGGAGCGAAGUUCGACUUGCCGAGUUCUAUGGAAGAACUGAGACAACUGUACCUAUGCCGAAAUGUUUAAAAAAUGGGAUCAACACCACUAGCCACAUCCCUUUCUUUUAUAUUUAUAAAACCCGCCUCAAAAUAAUCCAGACAAGCAUAAAAAUAGCUGGUUUUAAAUUUUGGACAGAACUUGUGCCUUCCCAUUUAAGAGCCAUUACAAACCUGCAACAGUUCUAG